CUGUAUCUCUGACAAAAGGAGUCAUGCCAGCCGGAGGCACACUCCUCCCAGGGUCCCUGGUGGCCAGGACAGAGUUGAAGCCACUCCUGUUGAGACCCUGAGCACAGGCUUUGUGUCCUUUAAGGAAACCAUCCUCCUGCAAUGGCCUCCUCCUUGCUCCUGGCUCUUCUGUUUCUGACUCCAGCCAAAGUAGUGAACCUCAAAACUGAUGGUCCAUGUCCAGCAUGUUGGGGUACCACCUUUGACCUGGAGAGCCAGCGGGAGCUGCUUCUCGAUUUGGCCAAGAAAAGUAUCCUGGACAAGCUGCACCUCAGCCAGCGCCCCACACUCAAUCGGCCUGUGUCCAGAGGGGCUCUGAAGACCGCGCUGCAGCGCCUCCGUGGGCCUCGACGGGAAACCCUGUUGGAGCAUGACCAGAGACAAGAAUAUGAGAUCAUCAGCUUUGCUGACACAGGGCUUUCUGGCAUCAACCAGACCCGUCUUGAGUUCCACUUCUCUGGUAGAACGGCUGGUGGCGUGGAGGUCCGGCAGACCCGCUUCAUGUUCUUCGUGCAGCUUCCUCCCAACACCACCCAGACCAUGAAUAUAAGAGUCCUUGUGCUAAGACCAUAUGACACCAACCUCACCUUGGCAAGCCAAUACAUGCUGCAAGUGGAUACCAGUGGCUGGCACCAGCUUCUCCUGGGACCGGAAGCUCAAGCUGCUUGCAGCCAGGGGCACCUUACUCUGGAGCUGGUACCAGAAAGCCAGGUGGCCCACAGUUCCUUGAUCUUGGGUGGAUUUUCCCACAGGCCUUUUGUGGCAGCCCAGGUAAGAGUCGAGGGCAAGCAUCGGGUUCGCCGGCGAGGUGUUGACUGCCAGGGUGUGUCCAGGAUGUGCUGUCGACAAGAGUUCUUCAUAGACUUCCGUGAGAUUGGCUGGCAUGACUGGAUCAUCCAGCCCGAAGGCUAUGCCAUGAACUUCUGCACCGGACAGUGCCCACUACAUAUGGCAGGCAUGCCUGGCAUCUCUGCAUCCUUUCACACUGCAGUGCUGAAUCUGCUCAAAGCCAACACAGCUGCCAGCACCACCGGUGGGGGCUCGUGCUGUGUGCCUACAUCUCGGCGCCCUCUGUCUUUGCUCUACUAUGACAGGGACAGCAACAUUGUCAAGACGGAUAUACCUGAUAUGGUGGUGGAGGCCUGUGGGUGCAGUUAGCUCAUGUGUGAUACAGGUAGCCUAAGGUAGAGCGGUCCUCCUCAGGAAGGGGUGACUCUGCUCCCACUCCUGUCCAGAAUGUAAGCACCUUCUUUCUAAGCAUGUACACUUCCCUCUGUUGACUCAUAGAUCCACCUCUAAAGAGAGUCACUCAUGACCAAUGAUAGCCUUUCUCUCACCUGGAACAUGGCUGACCCAGUAGACCCACAUCUUCAGCCUUAGGCCAGGGCUAAUCCACUGCCAACCACAAGCAAUAUCAUUUCGUUCCCAGCCAACACACCCUAGUCAACUAUGUCAUCUACUCUGCCUCCCUAUCCUUGCCACCCAGUGGCUCCUACCCCACGAUGACGUGCCUUAGUGUCUCCCCCUGAAUUC